CGGCCCUGCGUCAGAGUGAGCCCGAGAGGCUCCUAACUGGGCGGCAGAGUCGCCGCGCGGAUCCGAGCGGCUGGGAACCGGCUCCCGGGCGCGGCACACACCUCCGAACUCGCGGCGAGUCCCGGCCGCAGGCAGGUCUGCCACGCGUGCACACCUCCCGCAUGCCACCUCCCCACGGCUCGCGGUGCUGAGCCCGGCCCCGCGCGUGUCGGCGAGGAAGAAGUCCGACUAGGGAGCCGGCCGGGGGCUGCUCGUCGCGCCAGCUCCCGCUCCUCCUCCUGCUGCUCGCCGCCACCGCCGCGUGGAUGCCAAGUACCAGCUUUCCAGUCCCUUCCAAGUUUCCACUCGGCCCUCCGGCCGCAGUCUGCGGGAGCGGAGAAACUUUGCGGCCCGCGCCGCCCGCCGGAGGCACCAUGAAGGCGGCCGAGGAAGAACACUACAGUUAUGCAUCCCCUGGCAUCACCUCGACUCUGCCCCUUCCCACAGCGCACACCUCCCUGCCAGCCCCAUGCCAUGACCUCCAGACAUCCACCCCGGGCAUCUCAGCUGUUCCUUCAGCAAAUCAUCCCGCGAGUUAUGGAGGGGCUGUGGACAGUGGGCCCUCGGGGUACUUUCUGUCCUCUGGAAACACCCGGCCCAACGGGGCCCCGACUCUGGAGAGUCCCCGAAUUGAGAUCACUUCCUACCUGGGCCUCCACCAUGGCGGCAGCCAGUUCUUCCACGACGUGGAGGUGGAAGACGUGCUUCCCAGCUGCAAGCGGUCACCAUCCACGGCCACCCUGCACCUGCCCAGCCUGGAAGCCUACAGAGACCCCUCCUGCCUGAGCCCAGCCAGCAGCCUGUCCUCCAGGAGUUGUAAUUCCGAGGCCUCCUCCUACGAGUCCAACUACUCGUACCCGUACGCGUCCCCCCAGACCUCUCCGUGGCAGUCCCCCUGCGUGUCUCCCAAGACCACGGACCCAGAGGAGCCCUUUCCCCGAGGCCUGGGUGCCUGCCACCUUCUGGGGUCUCCAAGACACUCCCCAUCCACCUCUCCACGCGCCAGUGUCACGGAGGAGAGCUGGCUGGGUGCCCGUGGCUCCCGGCCCACAUCCCCCUGCAACAAACGCAAGUACAGCCUCAACGGCCGGCAGCCCUCCUGCUCACCCCACCACUCGCCCACACCGUCCCCGCAUGGCUCCCCUCGGGUCAGCGUGACCGAGGACACCUGGCUCGGGAACACCACCCAGUAUACCAGCUCUGCCAUCGUGGCGGCCAUCAACGCCCUGACCACUGACAGCACCCUGGACCUGGGUGAUGGCGUCCCUAUCAAGUCUCGAAAGACAGCCCUGGAGCACGUACCCUCAGUGGCCCUCAAGGUAGAGCCAGCCGGGGAAGACCUGGGCACCACCCCGCCCACCUCUGACUUCCAGCCCGAGGAGUUCGCCUUCCAGCACCUUCGCAAGGGUGCCUUUUGUGAGCAGUAUCUGUCGGUGCCACAGGCCCCGUACCAGUGGGCAAAGCCCAAGUCUCUGUCCCCUACAUCAUACAUGAGCCCAUCUUUACCCGCCCUUGACUGGCAGCUGCCAUCCCACUCCGGUCCGUAUGAGCUUCGGAUCGAGGUGCAGCCCAAGUCCCACCACAGGGCUCACUAUGAGACAGAAGGCAGCCGGGGGGCUGUGAAGGCCUCAGCUGGAGGACACCCCGUCGUGCAGCUACACGGUUACUUGGAAAACGAGCCGCUCACGCUCCAGCUGUUCAUCGGGACGGCGGAUGACCGCCUGCUGCGGCCCCACGCCUUCUACCAGGUCCACCGCAUCACGGGGAAGACUGUCUCCACCACCAGCCACGAAGCCAUCCUGUCCAACACCAAAGUCCUGGAGAUCCCUCUACUUCCAGAAAAUAACAUGCGAGCCAUCAUUGACUGUGCUGGGAUCCUGAAGCUCAGAAACUCGGACAUCGAGCUGAGGAAAGGGGAGACAGACAUCGGGAGAAAGAACACCAGGGUGCGGCUGGUCUUCCGCGUCCACAUCCCACAGCCCAAUGGCCGCACGCUGUCUCUCCAGGUUGCCUCAAACCCCAUCGAGUGCUCCCAGCGGUCGGCCCAGGAGCUGCCCCUUGUGGAGAAGCAGAGCACGGACAGCUACCCAGUCAUUGGUGGCAAGAAGAUGGUGCUGUCUGGCCAUAACUUUCUGCAAGACUCGAAGGUCAUUUUCGUGGAGAAAGCUCCAGAUGGCCACCACGUCUGGGAGAUGGAAGCAAAAACUGACCGAGACCUGUGCAAGCCAAAUUCCCUGGUGGUGGAGAUACCACCUUUCCGCAACCAGAGAAUCACCAGCCCUGUCCAAGUCAGCUUCUACGUCUGCAAUGGGAAGCGGAAGAGAAGCCAGUACCAGCAUUUCACGUACCUUCCUGCCAAUGUUCCAAUUAUAAAGACAGAACCCACGGACGACUUUGAGCCAGCUCUGACCUGUGGACCAAUGAGCCAGGGACUUAGUCCUUUGCCGAGGCCCUACUAUAGCCAACAGCUCACCAUGCCUCCCAACCCCGGCUCCUGCCUCGUGGCUGGCUUUGCCCCCUGCUCACAGAGGAGCACACUGAUGACCACGCCUCCCAACGCAAGCCCGAAGCUCCAUGACCUCUCUUCCACUGCCUACACCAAGGGCCUCACCAGCCCAGGCCACAGUGGUCACCUCGGACUUCAGCCACCGGCUCCGGAGGUCCCCACCAUGCAGGAAGUGCCGAGACCCAUGGCUGUGCAGCCCAACUCGCCUGAGCAGCCCCCGCCCGCCCGGCUGCAGCCGCAGGUGAGUCCACAUGUGAACAGUAGCUGUCCCCUUGGUUGCCAACAAGUCCUCUGUCCCAACAGCCCCUCUUCUCCACUUCCGCCUGCUGCCCACGAGCCAGCCUGCUUACAGCCCUCAGCCCUCCCUCCUGAUGUGGGCCACCAGCAACAACAACCGCAGAAGGUUCAAAGAAAUGAGUCUCCAGCCGCACUGCCAGAGGUGCGUGAGGACAGUGAUCCUAAUUUGGCCCCUAUUCCUGUAGUGAUCAAGCAAGAGCCCGAGGAAUUGGACCAGUUAUACCUGGACGAUGAUGCGCUUGAGGUUCCUCGGAUAUCAAAUUUAAGGGAGCAGAGGAGGAAUUAAUGCUAAACUUACAGAACUCUGUCAGUAGCCCUUCAGGAGGAAUUCCACCAGUGCGGACCUUACGUAGCUCCCAGAGUGGCAAUUGCACAGCGGUGCAGCUCAGAGGGACUGUGAAGCCUUUCUCCAUCCCUGAUUCCCAGCGUCAGGGAAGCAAGCAAGCAGUAUGAUCUGCUGCAACCCUGACGUUACUUCAUCCCAGCGCCGUUGCCUGCAUUGCACCACAGAGUGUCCCACAAACAGGUGCAGUUUAUUACAAACCAAUCACAAAAUCAAAAUCCAGUCUUGGGAGCUAGAUCAGUCCUUUGAGCACUUACCAGGAGGAUCCGAGUUCAUUCCCCAGUGCCCACGUCGCAGAGGCUCACAGAGAUCCUGUAAUUCCAGCACUAGGAAGACAGACAGGCAGAUACUAGGAGUUCGCUGACCAGCCAGCCUAGUUUGCUUGGCAAGUUCCCAGCCAAUACGAGACCCUGUCUCAAAAUAAGUUGGUGGCAUUCAGGAAUGAUCACUGAGAUUGUCCUCUGGCCUCCAGAUGUGUGUGUGUUCACAUGUUCGUGUGUGUGUGUACAUACAUAAUAUUCCCAAGCCUCUUUGCCAUCACCGUUGUAGGUCUGUGGAGCUAUCAGAUCUCUGACCCCUCAGGAAGCUGGCUGGAUGUGAUAAGGAGAAGUUCAGCACCCAAAGUCUGAUCAGUGGGUGACAGGAAGGAUUGUGCUCACUGUCCCCAUGAGUCAGGAUUAGAUCCGGGCUCCUGCUUUGGACGUGAAGGAGCUGAGAUUGCAACAAAACUACCACGCUGGAUGAGCAGGCGGCUCCCCAGCUGUUCCCACCCCAGCUCUCUGCUGGCAUGGGGGCGAGGGCUUGUGAUGAGGGCGGAGCUCUGAGGACUAGCUCUCUUCCAGCCAGCUGCUAAGGAGUUAGACACUCCCACCCGGGUCCCUGAAACCCUUGUUGGGGCUGGAGGCCUUCCUAGAGACCAUGGUCUUUGGGAGCCAGGGUCCUGCAGUGAGGCCUGGUGUUGGGUCUCAUGCUAGUGGCGUGUGUUAGCACACAAAGUCCAUUAGAGCAGGUGCACACCAGUCCUGUUGAUUUGAUUUAGGUCUGAGGAAAGCUCCAGUAAUGUGCAAUUACAAAGAACUUAAUGGCCCUUUAUACUGAACACAACUUCCAUGGCACCUAAUAUACUUUGAUGAAUUGCUCAUUAUGUGUAGUGUCGGAAUAGCCUCCAUAAAGAUUAAUAAUUGGAUAAUCAAUACAAAAAUUCAAUCUUGGGAUCUUUUUUUUUUCACUCCAGGGUCAAUAUGUGUUCAAGAUCGCAGGGCCUCAUUGGCCUGCAUGCUUCUGACUCUCUCUUUCCACUCCUCGAUUUCUACGCUAGGGAUCUGUUUUCUGUCUAGAUCCCAGAAUAGUGAAACAGGGUCUGUGACUGGUGACUUUGUCGGCGGUGGAUAGCAGGGCAGGCUUGCCUUCAAAGUGGCUUCGUUCAGGUGAGGAGGGAUCCCUGAGGUGUCUGUCCUAUCACAGGAGAAUACAGGGGUGAAUUAAGAAGUCUUUUGUAGAUGGUCAGAAAGAUGGAGUGUGGACAUGCACGUCCUGGGUAGAAGAUUACCAGUGGAAACUCUACAGGGAGAGAAGUGUCCUGCACUCAGGAGGUAGAGGGUAAGCCUUCAGAGUAGGCCAGUGUGCCUGACUGUGGCCCAGGAGAGAACAACUUUGGUAGAAGUUGAUGUAAGAGAAAUCCCCUGGCAAAGCAUUGUAUCCUAACUGAUCUCAGGGAGAGGAGCUGGCUUGGUGACACCCCCUAGAGCCUGCCAGGGGUUCAGCAAGACCCACUGAGUCAGGGUGAAGGAGAGUCACAGGCGAAGGCAGUGAGAGUCGCCACACCAGAGAAGAGGAGCCAUCUUCCAAUACACCCAGUGGUGGGAAAGAAAGACAGGGAGCCUGGAGCUCACAGGCCUGUUGGUAUGGCAAGUUCUCUCUGGCAGGAACGUCUGCAUCUGGAGGCUGACCAGCCACAGCUUAGCAUUAAGUGGAUGUAGACAUCACUGGCUGAGAGAUCAAAGGCUGAUGCCAGUCACAAUGAGUGUGAGAACAAGAAGGCAAAGCCAGGGUACCACCACAGCCAUCUGGACCUGGCUGAGAUCGAACCUAAGGCCCUGGGAGGCAAGAUAAAUGGCAAGAUGCUGGACUCACAAGCUGGAGGUAGUGGUGCACAACCUUAAUCCCAGUAGUUGGAAGGUAGAGGCAGACAGGUCUCUGUAAGUUCAAGGCUAGCCUGGUCUACAUAGCUGGUUCCAGUCUAUUCUGUGCUACAUAGUAAGAAUAAUGAGACUCUAUCUCCAGUUUCUUUAUAAAAACAAAUAGACAGUUUAGUGGUGCAUGCCUAUAUCCUGGCACCUCAAGGAAUAGGAUAAUGCUCUCCAUCCCUGUGAAAGGGGAAUCGGAUGGCCACCAAAUGCAACCCCAUACCAGUGUCCUAUGAACUCAGGGCCCCUACUGUGGACGUGCUGAGCUGAACCCACCUAGCUGUUGUGCCUCUUGGCUGUAUGGCUUCCUAGGGCCUUUGCCUAAGAGACAUGAGUUACAGUUGUCAUAGUCAAAAAGAGUCCUGUAAAAGCCAUAUUUCUCACCCCCGGGGAGAUCUACAUGAGUGUCAUUUGAAUUUCCUUUCCAGUAUCUGAGAAAGGUCUGGGCAAGCCAUGCCGACUCCCACAGAGUCAGAGCAAUCAGGCCCAGCUGCUGGCCUCAGGUGACCCAUGCUGAGCAGGUGAGCUCAAGUUGCUGCCUCAGGUGGUCCCAGGGUUUGGGACCACUCUAGUCGGUAUGUGUGCCAGGCUCUAAAACUGUGGCACAGGAGGGUUGCAACCUCCUGCUUAGCUCGGCCUAUGUAAUGGGACUCAGACCCCUGGGGAAGCAAGCAGCCUCAACCCCUCUCUCUGCAUCUCCACUCACGGUGUCCCUUCUUCCCUAAUACUUUCUGCUGCCACAUCCCCAAGAAUCAGUAAGAAUCCCAAAACCUUAGCCAAAAUAUCACCGUUAGCAUUAUGAUUUCAGUUUUAAGAGACAAAUUCAUGGGGCUGGAAAGACGGUUCAGUGGUCAAGAGUGCCAGCUGCUCAUCUAGAUUCCCAACACCUCCAUGGCUACUCACAACUGUGUAUGAUGCCAGUCCCAGGGAAUCUGACUUCUGUAGGUCCAGCAUGCAUGUCGAACAGAGAUACACAUGCAGGCAAAACACUCAUACACACAGAAUAAGAAUAAAGACGAGAUAUAACAAAUUCAUAAUGACUUCCUGGGAUUUGGGCAAUAUUUGGAUUCUUUUGAAGAAGAGGAAAACGUGUUUUCCCUGGAGAAUGCACACUGGGUCUGCAUGGAGCAGCUGUAGGGUGUUUAGGGUUCUGCUGGGACAGAAGGACAGAUACGGCCUCAGCUCUCCUCAUCUCCUCUGUGAACACUGCUGUGACAUAGAUCAGCCAUAACCCACGGGCGUUCUGAGUGUCCCCAUGCUCACAGGACGUGUGCAAAGGAACCUAGUCCCCAGCCCCAGGCUCUGCUCACUGUGACCAGCGGGGCUGCAGGAGGAGUAGGGAACCUGUGCUCAAGGUGGUGCCAGCUCUGAGAAGGUUGUGGGCAUCGUGCUCCUAUGGCCUGCCCUGCAUGUGGGACAAAGAUCAGUCACAUCAAGAGAUAGAUUGAGAGGUAGGUGUGUGCUGCUUUAGGGCCCGGCCAAUCACUGAAUCCUCCUCUCUGGGUUUUG